CGUGAGCGCGCUUGUAAGCGGGGCCGAGCUGAUUAGCUCCGUCAGAAGGUAGAGUACGGAGCGGAGCUGAGCCGCCUUUCAAUCCCACCAACACAGCUGACACGCUCGGAUAGAGAACUUUGGCACGGAUUUGAACUGUGGGGAGUUAUUCGGAGCACACAAGAAAAUAUAAAAGUGCGUGAAAAUGCUGGGCAUUGAGUAAGGGUUUAGUUUGACGGAGGAAAGGGAGCGAGGAGCUCCAGAUUCGAUCUUAACGUCAGUCUAAUUGACUUCAAGCGUCUUCUUUUGGAGUGAUAAUGUCUUGAUGGCGGGGGCCUCGACAGCCCAGUGAAGGACGUGCCUCGUAGCUGCUAAUGGGAACUCCUGCUCCGCCAUGAGUGCUCGAGAUGGCGUCGGCGGCAUGGGCACUUUGGGGCGGCGGCAGCGCUUUGAGAAUUCAGACUUCAGCGUGCGUGUCUACCCGGGCGCCCUAGCAGAAGGCACUAUCUACUGCCCGAUCAGUGCCCAAAAGACCACCUCAGCUGCUGAGACCAUCGAACGUGUUAUUGACCGCCUCCGGCUGGACCGUACCAAAUGUUAUGUUUUGGCAGAGGUGAAAGAGUUUGGUGGAGAAGAAUGGAUUCUCAACCCCAGCGACUGCCCCGUGCAGAGAAUGUUGCUCUGGCCCCGUGUGGCGCUGGAGCAUCGCUCGCUAUCGGGAGGGGAGGAUUACCGCUUCCUUUUACGGCUGAAGAACCUAGAUGGUUCCAUUCACUACGGCGGCAGCCUCCAGAUGUGGCUGCAGGUCACAGAGGAGCGCAGGCGCAUGGUGGAACGUGGACUGCUGCCACAGCCCGAAGCGCAAGGUGACCACGCUGAUCUAUGUCGCCUGCCCGAGCUCAACGAGCGCUCGCUGCUGGACAACCUGCGCUCACGCUUCCGGCAGGAAAAAAUCUAUACCUAUGUUGGGAGCAUCCUCAUCGUUAUUAACCCCUUUAAGUUCCUGCCCAUUUACAAUCCCAAAUAUGUGAAGAUGUAUGAUAAUCACUCACUGGGAGACCUGGAGCCUCACAUCUAUGCGGUAGCUGACGUUGCUUACCAUGCCAUGCUGCAGAGACAGAGGAAUCAGUGCAUUGUUAUAUCUGGGGAGAGCGGCUCUGGCAAGACGCAAAGCACCAACUUUCUUAUUCAUCAUCUGACUGCUCUCAGCCAGAAAGGUUUUGCUAGUGGAGUGGAGCAGAUCAUCUUGGGGGCAGGUCCAGUAUUAGAGGCGUUUGGCAAUGCAAAGACAGCCCACAAUAACAACUCGAGUCGCUUUGGCAAAUUCAUCCAGGUGAACUACCAGGAGAGUGGGACUGUGAGAGGAGCAUAUGUGGAGAAGUACCUCUUGGAGAAGUCCAGGCUGGUUUACCAGGAGCACAAUGAGCGAAACUACCAUGUCUUUUACUACCUGCUGGCAGGAGCAAGUGAAGAAGAGAGGACAGCCUUUCACCUCAUGAAGCCUGAAGAUUACCAUUACCUCAGUCAGAUGACAAAGACAACCCACCAACUGCAUUGGGACAAUUACUGUGAGAGUGAAGCGGACUGCUUCACUGUUGAAGGUGAAGAUCUGAGGCACGACUUUGAGAGGCUUCAGCUGGGGAUGGAGAUGGUGGGAUUUCUUCCUGCAACACGAAAACAGAUCUUCUCUUUGCUGUCAGCCAUCCUCCAUCUGGGCAACAUUCGCUACAAGAGGAAAACCUACAGGGACGACUCUAUUGACAUCUGUAACCCAGAGGUGCUGCCUGUGGUUUCAGAACUCCUCCAGGUCAAAGAGGAGAUGCUCGUUGAAGCUUUGACAACACGCAAAACCAUCACGGUGGGCGAGAAGCUAAUUGUCCCUUAUAAACUGGCAGAGGCGGGUACAGUGAGAGACUCCAUGGCAAAAUCAUUGUACAGUGCACUGUUUGACUGGAUCGUCUUCAGGAUCAACCAUGCUCUACUCAACAUCAAGGACCUGGAAGAGCCCGCCAAGAUCUUGUCCAUCGGUGUGUUGGACAUUUUCGGUUUUGAAGACUACGAGAACAACAGUUUUGAGCAGUUCUGCAUCAACUUUGCAAACGAGCGUCUCCAGCACUACUUCAAUCAGCACACCUUCAAGCUGGAACAGGAGGAGUACAGAGCAGAGGGCAUCAGCUGGAGAAAUAUUGAAUACAUAGACAAUACAGGCUGCAUCAGCCUUAUCAGCAAGAAGCCCACAGCUCUGUUCCACCUGCUGGAUGAAGAGUGCAACUUCCCUCAAGCAACCAACCAGACGUUAUUGGAUAAGUUCAAGCGGCAGCAUGAGGGGAAUAGCUACAUUGACUUCCCUGCAGUCAUGGAGCCUGCCUUCAUCAUCCGACAUUAUGCUGGCAAGGUCAAGUAUGGUGUCAAGGACUUUCGGGAGAAGAACACGGACCACAUGAGGCCGGACAUUGUGGCGCUGCUGAAGAGCAGUAAGAAUGCCUUCAUCUGCGGUUUAAUCGGCAUUGAUCCAUCAGCCACCUUCCGCUGGGCAGUACUGCGGGCCUACUUCAGAGCCCUGGUGGCUCUCAGGCAGGCUGGAAAGAGACACACCCAAAAGAAGACUGGGCAUGAUGACGCUGCUCCCUGUGCAGUUUUGAAAAGUGUGGAUAGUUUUAGCUUUCUGCAGCACCCUGUGCAUCAGAGAAGCUUAGAGAUCCUGCAGAGAUGCAAAGAGGAGAAGCACACUCCCGAUGACAGUGAAAAUGUACAAAUUGAUGAAACUGAAAACGGCGUGAGCAGGAGUCCUCGUACACCAUUGUCAGACCUCCAGGGAAGCAACACCAUCAAUGAAAAAUCUCCACGGUGUUCACCAGGCUGGAACGGGCGUGCGGGUCGUCAGAGCCGCUUAUCAUCCAGCAGCUCCACAGCAGAUGAAGACGGCAUCUUUGUCAACUCUGCCAGCAGCAAGCUUCUGGAACGAGCCCAUGACAUCCUUAUGAGGAACAAAAACUACAAAGCCAAGCCAGUUCUUCCAAAGCACUUACUAAAUGUCAAGUCACUAAAGUACCUCAGCAACCUGACGCUUCACGACCGCAUCACCAAGUCGCUGCUUCAUCUCCACAAGAAGAAGAAACCACCCAGUAUCAGUGCACAAUUUCAGGCCUCCCUCAAUAAGCUAAUGGAGACCCUGGGUCAGUCUGAGCCAUAUUUUGUCAAGUGCAUCCGUUCCAAUGCUGAGAAGCUGCCCUUGCGGUUUAAUGACAACCUGGUGCUGAGGCAGUUACGUUACACAGGUAUGCUGGAGACCGUGCGCAUUCGCCAAUCAGGCUACAGCAUCAAGUACAACUUUAAGGAUUUUGUCCAUCACUUCUCUGUACUGCUCCCAGAGAGCACCAGGACUUCCUCAGAGGGCAUCCAGCACUGGCUGGACCAGCUGGACCUGGCACCAGAUGGCUAUCAAGUUGGCAAGACCAUGGUGUUUCUGCGGGAUUCAGAGCGUCAACAGCUGCAGGCCAUCCUCCAUAGUGAAGUUCUCAGGCUCAUCGUCAUGCUGCAACAGAGCUUCAGAGCCCGACUGGAGAGGAAGCAGUUUGUCAGAAUGAGAGAAGCAGCAAUCUGCAUUCAGAAAUGGUGGCGAUUGUAUCGACCAAUAGAAGAUGAGGAAGAGCAAAUUGACCAUACUCGCCAUGAGGAGGCAACAUUGUGCCUGCAGACCUACUGGCGGGGGCACCGUGAACGUCACAAGUUCAGGCUGUGGAAACAGGCUGCACUGGUGCUCCAGAGGGCGUGGCGACAGUGGCUCUGUCGGCGCUGCACAGCAACACUGAUCAUUCAGACGGCCUGGCGCUGUCAUCGAGCCAGAGAAGCCUAUAUGCGUCUUUAUGCUGCUGUGGUGCAACUCCAGGCUUUAAGCCGAGGGUACCUCGCACGAGAGUGUUUCAGAGAAUUGAGGGAACAGAAGUGGAGGGAAGGGGAAGAGAAACAGGAGAAGCUGCUUCGGCAACACAACGGACAGAUUAGCUUUUUGCCAGAGGACGCCGCCCCUGAGAGAGUGGCAGCUUUGGACCUCAGCCCCUGUGAGGAUCCCUCCUAUGAAGAACGGGAAAGUAUGCUCGGUAUUCGUAGCAACACGGAUGGAGAGUUCAAGGAAGAAGACGAACAUGCCAACUCAGAGGCACCUCCUUCUGUUGCCACCUCUUCGGUGGUGGUGCGAGAGAAGAUAAGAGCUGCAGAUGAACUCAGCCAGAAAGCCACUCGGGCCAAGAGAGAGAGCCGGCGGAUGCGAGAGCUCGAACAAGCCAAAUUCAGCCUGGAGCUCCUCAAAGUCCGUGCGACCUGUGGUGGGAGCUCUCCCCCCUUUGAAGAAAGGUGCUCGUCCUUUGACCUGGUCACCUCCACCACUCCACCUCUGUGUUCACCACAGGGCACACCCGACAGCCAGAGCUCCAGAGGCAGCUUUGAGCUUUUAAGUAUUGAGGAUGCUCCCAAAGCUACAGAGGAGGUGACGGACAGUGAGGACUUGUGCUCCCCCAUCGGUUCAGUAGCAGCACUAUCAGAGUCGAGAACAGAUGCUCUCUGCAUAAGCCCAACGACAGAGGAACUGCACAGGGUGCAGACCUCAGAUGCUGCUGGUCACCUUGGCAGCCAUUACCAGGUACAAGCAGAGCCGGCACUCUCUUCCACACAUCCGCCCAAACUCGAGAACUACCUCCCGACCUUUUACGUCCCUUCUUGUGAUAGCAGCCCAGGUGCUCCCUGUCCUGUGGCUGGGGAGCCAGUACAAAAAACAGAAAUAGUCUCUACGACCACAAUCAAACCUCUUAAAGAACGGCAUGACUCGACACGUCGCCCAGUGGUGGUCGUCAUCAGUAUGCAGAAAGAAACCCCAUUAGGCCAAGAGCAGAGGGAGCUGGUUGAGGUUCAUGACUCUGCAUCUCAGAUUCGGGAGUUGAGACAAGCUCCAGCUUCCAUUGCCGCUGUCUCCCCUUCCGCUGACCAAGUGGUCUUGGAGAAGCUGGUGCGACUGAAUGAGGAGAAGAAGGAGAGGCAGCGUAAUCAGCAGCAACAGAAUGAGAGGGAGAUGAUGGAGCAGAUAAGACAACAGAAAGAAGCACUGGAGCGUCAGCGCCUUUUCUUUGCUCAGUAUGAGAAAGAUAUGUUUGAGAAACAUAGGGGAGAGGCUUUGCAGAAGAUACAUCAGAGCCGACAGGGAGAACAAGAUGUCUGUGGAUCUGCCGCCUCCAGUAGACCACCCAGACCCAGCUCUCUGCUCAUUGAGAAAACAUCAGGCCUCGUUCCUCAUAGCAGAACCCAGUCUGACUCAUCAGUCCCACUGGUACACUCCCCACAAGAGGGGGGCAUCCACAGCAGUGCCCCUAAUACCCAGGUGCCUCUUCCACCUGCUUCUGCCUCCAUAGAAAGGCGCAAGGAGACCAAACCUGUUCCUGAAGGCUGGGCGCCCAAACUCACCCUUGAGUCAAAAGAUGGAGCAACCAGAGUGAGAUCUGCCCCCAAGAAGGUGCAGCGUAGUCAGGGAUCCACAGUUAGUCUCUCAGGCAAGCCAGGAAACAUCUUCUUCUCUCCCAAGGACAAAGUCACAUUUGCCAAAUUUGACAAUGUUGCUGUCACCAAAGAGACGCCUCAAGCCAUUCCUACAGCGGGACCCAUAUAUGUCUCCAGGCUGCCUAAAGGGGCAAAAACACGAGAUGUUGGCAGAGCAGGCCAAAAAAAGAAAGCCCGAAUGUCACGGACUCGCUCCAACUUCCUCACCCACGCCCCCAUCCAUUCUGUUGGGGGCGAUUCAGAUGAGGAUGAUUAUGAUGGCACCAGCCCCCAACAUUCCCCUGUAGCCCUCUCCAAGCAGAGCUCCACAGAGGAAGGCUUAGGAGGCUCCUGUUUCAGUGACUCGGACAUGCCCACAGGCUCAGAGGAAAAAAAGAAUCUGCACAAAGUCAUGUUAUCAGGAGAUUUGGGAAAAGUGGACUCCUUGCGCAAGAACUCGCAGGAUGGAAGAGUUCGUGGGAAGAUGCGAUUCUGGGGCAAGACCAAGCAUAGUGAGAAGAAAACCUCCAGAGAGAAGCUGAUUUGUGUGGCAGAUUCCUUGGAUGGCGAGGAUGGGGAAACAGGGCCAUUGCUGAGAGAAGGUCAAGAAAACAUGUCGCCUCGCUGUAGUCCAGAUCUGAUGUUGGAGCAUGGGUACAGAGACUUCAAGGAGAACAAGGAACUAUCUCCCAAGGUGAAGCGAAGGCGCAGUGUGAAGAUCAGCAGUGUGGCCGUGGAAUCCACCCAGUGGCAAAGUGACGCUCUGCAGAUCCUCACCUGCACCAAUGACUACAGGAGCAUGAAUGACUUCCUCAUGAAGAAGAUCAGUGAUUUGGACACAGAAGACAGCAAAAAGGACACCAUGGUGGACGUUGUAUUCAAAAAAGCUUUGAAGGAAUUUCGUUUGAACAUCUUCAACUCCUAUUCCACGGCUCUGGCAAUGGAUGAUGGUAAGAGCAUCCGCUACAAAGACCUUUAUGCUCUGUUUGAGCAAAUCCUGGAGAAGACCAUGCGACAGGAGCAGAGGGACUGGAGCGAGUCUCCUGUCAAAGUUUGGGUUAACACGUUCAAGGUCUUCUUGGAUGAGUUCAUGACUGAGUAUAAACCUUUGGAUAGCACGCUCAGUAAGCAAUCUAAACCUGAACACAAAAAGCGAAGGAAGAAAGAUGCAGACAUUGUGGAGGAACAUAACGGCCACAUCUUCAAAUCCACUCAGUACAGCAUCCCCACAUACUGUGAAUACUGCUCAUCACUCAUAUGGAUGAUGGACCGUGCCAGUGUUUGCAAAUUAUGCCGGUAUGCUUGCCACAGAAAGUGCUGCCAAAAGACGACCACCAAAUGCAGUAAAAAGUUUGACCCAGAGCUGUCACCGAGACAAUUUGGUGUUGAAGUGUCCCGUCUUACAAAUGAUGAGCGAACAGUGCCCCUGGUGGUGGAGAAGCUUAUCAACUACAUCGAGAUGCACGGCCUCUACACUGAGGGAAUUUAUCGCAAAUCAGGCUCCACCAAUAAAAUUAAAGAACUCAAGCACGGGCUUGACACAGAUGUGGACAGCAUGAAUCUGGAUGACUACAACAUCCAUGUGAUUGCUAGUGUGUUAAAGCAGUGGCUGCGAGACCUGCCGAGUCCUCUGAUGACGUUUGAGUUGUAUGAGGAGUUUAUACGUGCUAUGGCUUUGCAGGAUAGAAAAGAAAUGAUCAGAGGGGUGUAUUCCGUUGUUGACCAACUCAGCAGAACUCACCUGAAUACCCUGGAACGGCUGAUAUUUCAUCUUGUCAGGAUUGCUUUGCAAGAAGAGACAAACCGUAUGUCAGCGAAUGCCUUGGCCAUUGUUUUCGCUCCUUGUAUCCUGCGCUGCCCAGACACCAUUGAUCCUCUUCAGAGUGUACAGGACAUCAGCAAGACCACAGCAUGCGUGGAACUUAUCAUCGGAGAACAGAUGACCAAGUACAGAUUGCGACUGAAGGAUAUUAAUACCCUGGAGUUUGCUGAGAAUAAGGCCAAGUGCAGACUAACUUUCAUUCGUAGAUCAAUGGGAAAAGGUUACUUUCGGCAACUUAGCUUCCACUCGCCUUCACCUCCUGUGAGUCCGCGGCUGCCAUCUUUGACAGAUGCCGUAAAAGAGGAGAACGAGGGAGAUGUGCGAGCAGAGACGUUGCCUGAAAUCUCUGAGCAUCAACACGCAGCCAUGCAGCAGGAAGAGAGAGUGUUGACGGAGCAAAUUGAAAACCUGCAAAAAGAGAAAGAGGAGUUGACUUUCGAGAUGCUGACUCUGGAACCACGAGCAUCGGAUGACGAGACCCUGGAGUCAGAGGCCUCUAUUGGUACAGGUGACAGCUCGGAAAACCUCAAUGUGGACGCUGAAGGGACCAUUUCGGACUUCUCUGAGAGAAGUCCUGUUUCUCCUUGGUCUCGCAGAUCUGAUGUGAAGAGCCCGAGACAGCGCACGCUGAGACGGCAACCGGACUCCUUAGAUUCGGUGGAUUCUUGCUCCAGUGUAUCCACCUUCUCCUCCUCAUCACACUUUCAGCUAUCACCCUCCCCAAUUUCCAACACCAGUCGCGGCUUCCGGUUCCACUCCACUUCCAGGUCUCGUUGCUCAAGCUCCGGGGCCACACAUUCCAAGAAUGCACCUCAAGCUUCCUGCUCUGACAGUUUAAACUCCAGUCCUACUGCAGAGCUGGAGGGCAUGUUUGAUGAAAGACCACAGUUUACUAGCCGUGGUACCUUCAGUCCAGAGAAGGGCAAACAAAAACUUCGGGGGGUCAAGCAUUUAUCUCAGAGGCUUGCCAGGGAAAGCAGUAGCCAUGGCAUGGACCCAGCAGAUUUGCAGCAGCAGCUUGUUUUGUACAGCAGUAAUGAAUUUAUGGUAUGAAGGACACACUCCCUGGAAGUUCUCCAGUCCUCAAACACUCUUACACAGCCUUUCAAACUUGUCAAAAAAUAGUCCCCAAGUGCCAUGUCAAGUGUUUCCACUGCUGUGUGGGGGCCCAGAUCCAGAUAAAAGUUUACUCCUCUCUUGCGGACACAGCAUCCAGCCAAGCUCUCACAGUGCCUUGGCAGUGCCCAAGUCGGCACCAAGAGGAUACGCACUGAUACGGAGGGCAGAGUAAAGGGAAUGUUCCGAUAUGCAGCGACUACAGAACCAGGGAAUGUUCCGGGGUUUGAACGCUGAAGCAUCGUGCGACAAAGACGUCAGGAAAAGCUGUUGUAUGGAACUGAAAUCUCACAAUUGUUAGCUGCUUUUUGAGUUUACACGUCAUACCAAUCAAUGUAAACAGUGGUUGCUCGCUUACAUGUAUUUAAGAAUUUUUCAUGUCACAGAAAUUCUAAUGAUCUUAUAUACGGUAUCUAAUAUACAAUAUUCCGUACAAAGCCGGAACACCAGUUUUUGCUGGGUAGUUGAAGUCAAAUAUUUAAUAAUGAUUUUUGUGGGAGAACAGAUCCUGGGAAUGGAGGCUUUAUUCGUUGAUAUGCCAGCUGCUCGUGAGAAGCGAUAUACUGAAGUGUGAAUUAAAAUGUGUGCUAAUUGUCCCUACUGCUAGGGAGAUACCACCAUCAAAGGUAAAGGGACCAAGUUAGCUGGUGUGUAUUCCUGCCAAGACCAGCACAUUGUGAACCAUGUCAGAUGUGUAUAAAAUCAUUGCAUGAACUAUUUAACAGCCAUACAGCAACUGUAAUGUACAGUCCAGUCCAUAUGUACAGUAUAGUGAAAUAAAAUGUCAUCUCAUUGAAAUCUAUUGUCACACUGUAAAACAUUUGAUGAAUAACAGAACCAUAUGACGUGUCUCUUUAAAGUU